AUGCAUAAGCGUGCCGUCAACUCGGCUUGUAGACAUGCCGACAACUUCGUCAUGUCGCUGUGCAGCAUGGAGCCCUCGGUGAAGGGGUUUCUGCUGCGCCGACGCGCCAUCAUCGGCCUGCUCGGCCUGCUCCUCAGCAUAUGGACACUCCGAUGGCUGAUGCCAAAUGAAGGAAGGCCGUUUUGGAUGAGCGAACCCGCACCGCUGCCCACAACUAGCAGCAGUAGUAGCGGCAGCAGCAGCAACUACAACAACAAAGAAUCCGCCAAGGGCAAGUCACCCGCGGCGCAGGCGUCAUCACAGCCGUCCGCAAUCGUCCACGGAAACCCGGACUACAGCGUGGAUCUCUCGGAUCUGGAUGCCCCGUACAUAGGCUGGCCACUGAAGAGGGUAUGUCAGGAGGUCGAACCUGUGGAGGGCGUGGUAUGGGUGUGCGACAAGAACUGGGGCGGCAUGGGCAACAUCCGCAACUUCAUCCUCAACUGUCUCAGAUACGGCAUUGAGGCGGGCGCGACGGGGAUGGUCAUACCCGAGAUUCAUCUGCGUGACGAGGAGGACAUCACCGACUACAUAACACCACUCAAAGCGCCUUUCAGCUACAUGUUUGACGAGGCGCACUUCCGCACCGCAAUGGGCGAUAACUGCCCGCACAUCACCCUCUACAACUCCACGCGCGACGUGCCUUACUUCGACGCCACCGCCGCCACCAUCACCGGCGAGUCACCCAUCCCGGAGGUGGACCCGCGGACGCUAGUGAGCACGCCGCAGAAGUGUGACGCGGCCCAGACGGACCGUCACGUCGACCGCUUCGGCGAGCGGUUCCGCGCGUACAUGAGCAGCGGCGAGACAAACGGCACGUCAGGAAUGCCGUCGCUGCUACCGCCGCCGUCAUCGACGGCACCCCGAUUAUUCCGCAUGAUCGACAAAGACAGGAGGCCGGCGCUGCCCGUCAUGUGGGCGUGGCCUGUGCACCGCGACGGGGCCGAGUUCGCAAAUACGUUCGGCACGCUGCUCCGGUUCAACCCACGGCUGAUGAGGCUAGGGCGGCGGGCGCUGGAGGGCAUGCGCGAGUUCUCCCGGACGGUCGGGGACGAGGAGGACGGGUCUUCUUCGGCAGCCAAGGGCGACGACAAAGAGAGGGGCAAGUUCCUGGGCGUGCACCUGCGGUCCGAGAUCGACGCCGAGAAGUUCUGGCCGACGUACGCGGAGCAGCGCUCCGCGUACCUGCGCAAGGCGGCGGAGAAGAACCUGACGUCGGUGGCGUACGUGGCGUGCGGCGACGCGGGCCAGAUCGCGCGGUUCGGGCGCGACGCGCAGGCGCAGCUGGGCAUGACGGUCGUCAGCAAGACGGACGUGCUGGCCGGGGCGGACCUCGCCGAGCUCGAGAGCCUGACGUGGGACCAGCAGGCCAUCGUCGACUUUAUCGUGCUGGCCGGGAGCGACUACUUUGUCGGCAACUCGCGCAGCAGCUUCUCCAUCUUCCUCGCGCAGAGGCGCCACCUGCAGACCGACGGGCUGUACUCGCGACAGUACAAGGUGCGCUCUGAGGGGUUCGGGCGGAGCUUUGUCGUCGGGCCCAAGGAGCUGUACUUUGAUCACUGGUUGUUUAUCUGGGAUGCUGCAUGGCCAUGA